ACAGAAGGAGGAGGAGGGGGAGUUCAUGAGGUCUGCAGGCUAACCCCGCGACCCUUGGCCAUGAAUUAGCGAGGGAAAUCCUUGCUAAGGCGUGGCCGUUGAUCUGUGAUCAGGAGGGAAACCGCUGGACUUCCCCUUUUAAUGACUGCAUAAUCGCCGCAGCAACGCCAAGGCAUCAUCGCACUGAGGAGGAGCGAGCGCACGGACAGCUUCUGAGGCUUCUACCGACAACCCACUGGGCGAGGAAGUCUGCGUCGUAUGGACAGGGAACCGUGCUUGAACCGCGCUGGAACCCUGCUCUACCAGAAGCCUGCUCUAGAACCCUGCUCUAGAACCCUGCUCUACCAGACUAGACCUUGAGCUGCGUUCCUUCUCUUCUUGUUUUCUCUGAACUCUGAACUCUGAGACUUGAAGGUUAAUGAUGACGGGACAGAGAGCGAUAUUUGAUGGAUCUGAUUGGCUGAAGCUGUAGCCUGCUAGGCUGUCCAAGGAUACAUCCUAAGACCUUUACCCAUCACUAUCAUUCCUCUCCCUCUCCCCCCCUCUUUCUGUCUCUUCCCCUCACUGUCUCUCUCUCUCCUUCCCUCUCUCUCUCUUGAUCUCCAUCUCUGUGUCUCUCUCUCUCCCACCCAGCCGUCACAAUGCUUGAGAACAUGUCCCGGCGUGGGCGGUCCCUGGUGUCUCUGUCUCUCACCUCAUUGGCCCUCACGCUGUCCGUCAUGGCCUUCUGCACCUCCUAUUGGUGCGAGGGGACGCACAAGGUGGUCAAGCCCCUCUGCCUGUCCCCUGUCAAGAUGAAGAACUGUGGACAGAACAUCAGCCAGCCCUACACCACAGAGACCCCCACCCCGGACCCCCAGGGCCCCCUCCCCAACGGGACACUGUCGCCACGGCAGCGGGAGGAGGCAGCGCGUCUGCGUCAGAAGGCCCUAGCCAACGCCGUCCACUACCUCUGGGAGACGGGCGAGGACAAGUACAUGCUGCGCUACUUCCACACGGGCUUCUGGCACUCCUGUGAGAAGCACAAUGAAGGGCAUGACCAGGAAGAGAAAUGUCGGAGUUUCAUCGAGCUGACUCCGGGGGAGACGCAGGGUGUGCUGUGGCUGUCGGUCAUCAGUGAGUUCACGUACAUCGGCCUGCUGGCCACCGGCUUCCUGCUCAUGUGUGUGGAGAGCAUCUGUCUCUGCGCCCGCAGGGAGAUGAACGCCCUCAAGAUCAACGCCUACGCUGCCAUGUGCACCGUGCUCUCAGGUCUGAUGGGGAUGAUGGCCCACAUGAUGUACACCACAGUGUUCCAGAUGACGGUGAGCAUCGGACCCAAGGACUGGAGGCCCCAGACCUGGGACUACAGCUGGUCCUUCGCCAUGGCCUGGCUGUCCUUCAGCUGCUGCAUGGCGGCGGCCGUGGCCACGCUGAACUCCUACACCAAGACGCUGAUCGAGAUGAAGCACCGCGCCCGCGUGCGUCUGGAGGACGCCCACCACGCGGCCCUGGCCCCCCCCUACGACCAGCUGCUGCCGGCCCCCCAGGCCCACGCCCAGACCCAGACCAGCCCGGGGGCCGCCGUGUACUCCGUCAGCCAGCUGCUGUGGCCCCGGGGGGCGAUCGGGCCGCUGGCCUACGGGGCCGGCGGGGCCCUCCUGGUGGGCGGGGCCGGCGUCGGCGUGGGGGGGCUGCCCGGGGUAGGGGGCGUGGUCAGGGGGAUGGGAGGGUUGAUGGGAGGGGUGGGGGUCUCGGGAUGCAGUGGGGGGGGGGGCAUGGUGGUGGUGGAAGGCUGUGGGAUGACGGGCUGCGAGGACUGUGAGAGGGAGAUGGACCCCCUGGACCCCAUGAACCCCAUGGACCCCCUGGACCCCAUGGACCCCAUGAACCCCCCCAUGUACCCCCUGGACCCCGUGGACCCCAUGGACCCCAUGUACCCCCUGGACCCCAUCUACCCCCUGGACUACGACCAGCAGGACGACAGGGACAGCUCGCCCUGCUGAGACCGUGUGUCCGUGUGUCCGUGUGUCCAUGUGCUUGGCUGAGGUUAUGUGUGUCCUUGUGUAAGUGUCUGUGUAUGAAUGUGUCUGUGUGUGUGUGUCUCUUUUUCUGUGUGUGUGUGUUUGUGUGUGUGUGAGGGGGUCCCCUCUACCAGCUCUGACCCCCCCUGGAGGGGGUCCCCUCUACCAGCUCUGACCUUCCCCUGGAGGUGGUCCCCUCUACCAGCUCUGACCCCCCCCUGGAGGGGGUCCCCUCUACCUGCUCUGACCCCCCCUGGAGGGGGUCCCCUCUACCAGCUCUGACCCUCCCCUGGAGGGGGUCCCCUCUACCAGCUCUGACCCUCCCCUGGAGGGGGUCCCCUCUACCAGCUCUGACCCUCCCCUGGAGGGGGUCCCCUCUACCAGCUCUGACCCCCCCCUGGAGGGGGUCCCCUCUACCUGCUCUGACCCCACCUGGCGUUGGGAUUCCAUUGAGGGGAGAAAUUAGACGUUGACAGACAAUCAGCAGUUGCAGUCCCAUGUACAGGCCCAUGUUUCUCACUAAAUUGUGAGUAUUUGCACCCUUUUUAUGUUCAUACUACACUGCUAAAUAGAGCGUACACACAUUAUUUUCGUUAAUUUAAUUCUUUAUUGUCUUAUUUAGUGCCGGUGAAUGGGGUACUCAGCUGAAAGAAUAUCUGAGAGGGGGUUAGGGUUACACAAGAGGGGGUACACUAGUAGAAUCAUGGUGAGAACCACUGCUUUAUGUGACUGAAGGUUACGUCACUACUCUGACUUGGACCAAAACCUCUUGGCCAAACCUUUCCAACGGACUGGAGGUUGAACUGAAGAUGCUCUUAUUGUACUUCUAUGUAUUGUCUGCUCUUCUCAAAGGCUUUUGAGAGGUAGCAGUACAACCCUGUGAUGUCAGUUCUUUCACAUUAAAAUAUAAUAAUAUAA